AUGGAGAUGCCACUUCUUAACCCCACGAAACCAAAUACUGUGGCUCUUGGCAGUGACUGUCCUAAUCAUGAGAUUAAUCCUCAACCAGCGCAAAAAACAAAGAGACCUUUUCGGCCUCAGUCAGCUGUCCUGCUGCCCGAACUCCAAAAAGCAAACAGCAGUUUGACAAUAGAUGAAAAUAUAAGCUCUUGGAUUGCAAGUUCCCAUGUAAUGGCUGGACCAGCUGGGACUCUGUUUGCUGGAAUAUUCAUGGAGAUUUACGGACGAAGAUGUAAUAUCAUCACAGCGAACGCCAUGAUGACUAUUGGAUGGUUAUUCAUUGCAGGAGCACAAGAAAAGUUCAUGAUUUUAUUUGGAAGAACCAUCGAGGGAUUUUCCAGAUGUAUGCUGUACGCAGGCGUAGCGGUGAUAGUGGACGAACUUUCGGACCCAAAAUAUCGAGGUUUUAUUAUGGGAUGCUGUGGUACAUUUGCAUCUGUUGGGAUCUUAAUUAUCUCCGGUCUGGGCACUUGUGUUGACUGGCGCACAGCCUCUUGGAUGGCUGCAGCCAUGUCUUUUGCUUCGCUUGUGAUCUUUCCCUGCGUUUCCGAAAGUCCAGUCUGGCUCGUCAGAAAAAACCGGAUACCGGAAGCAAACCGAUCACUGAGCUGGAUUUGGGGACCACAACAUUCUGUGAAGGCCACAGAAGAACUCCUAGACCUGCAGCAAAGAUACCUUCAUGAGGAAUGCAUUGGACACACUCACCAAGGACGUACCGGGCUUAUUACAAAAAUUCGUCACUUCUUCAGGAUUUGUCGUAGUUUAUCCACACCUUCAACACUUAAGCCCUUAGUUAUAAUCCUUAUUUUCAACAUUUUUCAACCCAUCUGUGGUCAUAGUUUGUUUAUGUUCUAUGCAGUAGAUAUUUUACAUAGAAUGCAAAAGAAUAACUUUGAAAUUAUUGAUGCGAAUCUUGAAACAAUUUUGUUAUCAGUUGUUCGCUUGUUAUCUGUUACUCUCUCUUCCUUCUGCAUGUUUCGUUUAGGUCGAAGAGAGAUAGGGAUAAUUUCCGGUAUCGGGGCAUCUGUUUCCGGAAUAUUCAUUGCAGUUAUUCUGUAUAUGAACUUACUUGAACAAGGAUCCCCUAUCCCGCCUCGAAUUGAAGCCUGGAUCAUUUUGGUGCUAAUAAUUUUCUUUAUAGGAAGUCAUUCCUUUGGAUUCUAUAUGCUACCGGCCUUAAUGAUAGGCGAAACCCAAGCAGCUCAAGCUCGUAGCACCUUCUGCGGAUGCAUAUUUACGAUUACAGAUUUAAUUCUUUUCGGUGUUCUGAAAGGUUACCAUUCGAUUUUAAAAUCGGUGGAUAUACAUGGAAUGUUUCUCAUCUUUGGAAUAUCGUGCUUAUUUUGUACAAUAUUCAUUUACAUUUUUCUACCGGAAACUCGUAAAAAGACCCUAAUGGAAAUUGAAGAUUACUUCAGAAAACAGAAUGUCAUGUGGCUAUCAAGGGAAAAAUAUUGAAAUCACAAAACAAAUGAAUAAAUAAAUACGUAAACUUAAUUCCUGAGAAUAAAAACGCAAGUCAAGUCUCCGGAAUAUUCCUCCAUAUCUUAAUUUUACAAAAAAAAAAAUACAUUCCAAACGCUUGCAACAGAAAACAUUUAUAAACAUAAGGGCCUAGUUUAUUCAAAUACUUUUGGCUCUACUUAGAACGUAAAUUAAUCAACAAGUUCCCUGCCCGUAACUGCUUAAAUUAUUCGUAUACAGAGUUCAUACCGAAAUAUUACCUCUUUCAAAUUGCGAAAAACAUUUACUGAAUAAAUUAGACAUUUGAAGUUCCCUACGAUGUAAACACAUAACAAUUAAAACAAAACACCAGGAAAUGGA